AUGUUCGCGGGCGACUCGCGCGCGGCGCAGAACCUGGUCGAGGCGCAGGCCAAGGGCUUCGCGUCGGCGUGGCUGCCCGGCGUCGCGGCGUUCUGGGCGAGUCUGCGCGUCUACUUCGCCGUGAGCCACGCGUCCGUCGCCGGGAAGCUGCGGGCCGUGCUCUUCCCCUUCGCCAAGAAGCAGUGGCGGCGGAAGCGCGCCGAGGAGCUCGACGGCGGCGGCGACGCGCGCGCGGGCGCGCUCCACGGCCACGCGCUGCCGCUCGAGGACGACAACGCGCCCGACGGCUACGUGCCCCUCGUGGCCUUCGUGACCUUCGCGCUCGUCGCGGGCUACGUCCGCGGGAGCCGCGGCACGUUCACGCCCGAGGUCCUCGCGUCGAUCUUCUCCUGGUGCGCGGGGCUCCAGAUGCUCGAGAUCGCCCUCUACUCCCUGGGGCUCUACCUGUUGGGCGCCCACAACGUGCCCGUGCUCGACGUCGCCUGCUUCACGGGCUACAAGUACGUCGCGCUGUCGAUCAACGCGAUCGCGCACUUCUUCGGCGGCGAGAGGGCCUACUACGCGGCCCUCUUCUGGACGGGGCUCAGCGCGUCCUACUUCAUGCUCAAGACCAUGGCCCAGGCCGUGCCCGCGGAGCUCGAGAGCUCCGCCGCGCGCCGCGAGAUCGUCGUGCUCGUCUUCGGCGUGCUCCAGGGCCUCUCCAUCUGGGUCCUGGGCCGGUCCGCCUAG